GUUGGAGAAAGUAUACUACACCAGAAAAAAUGUCCCCAAAAAUCAGCUAUUCCGUAGAGCUGUGGAUGAUAAUUGGAGGCUGCUCUCUUGGUAUUCUCUUAACCGCAGCCGCGUGCAUUAUUUGCUACACAUGGAAGGAAUAUAAGAACUUGAGCUCACCAAAGUCACAAGUAAGCAAGAGGCAUAUCCGGCGGAAGGAAAGUUUCGGGGAAAAGAGUGGGAGCAGUGGUAUGAUAAUAUUUGAGGGUUAUACAAUGGAUUUUGACCUCGAGGAUUUGCUAAGUGCGUCCGCGGAGAUACUAGGGAAGGGUACAUCUGGUGUCGUGUACAAGGCAAAUGUAGAGGAUGCCACAACUGUUGUGGUGAAAAGAUUGAAGGAAGUGAGUGUUGGAAGGAAAGAGUUUGAGCAACAUUUGAUGGUUGUUGGGAGUAUAGUUCAUGAAAAUGUGGCCCCUCUAAGGGCUUACUUUUACUCCAAGGAUGAAAAGCUCAUGCUUUAUGAUUACUACACCCAAGGGAGUGCAUCUGCAUUGAUACAUGAAAAUAGGGGCGCGGGCGGGAGGAUUCCAUUAGAUUGGGAGACUCGGGUGCGGAUUGCAGUUGGUGCGGCUAGAGGCAUUGCCUGCAUUCACGGGCAAAGUGGAGGGAAGCUUGUUCACGGAAACAUUAAAUCAUCAAACAUUUUCCUCAACUCCAAACAUUACGGAUGCGUAUCAGACCUCGGGUUGGCGACGCUAAUAGCCCCAAUGACCAAACCUCUCACCCAAAGCGGAGGGUAUUGUCCCCCUGAAGUGACAGACACAAGGAAAGCCACACAGGCAUCUGACGUCUUUAGCUUCGGGGUCUUGUUGCUUGAACUCCUAACCGGGAGGUUCCCUCUCGUGAAGAAUGGGGAUGACAUUGUCCACAUAGUGAGAUGGGCCCACUCUGUGGUUCGUGAGGAAUGGACUGCUGAAGUGUUUGAUGUGGAGCUUUUGCGGGGCCCACACAGUGUGGAGGACGAGAUGGUGGAGAUGCUGCGGAUUGGGAUGGAUUGUGUCGUUCGGGUGCCAGACCAGAGGCCAAGAAUGGUUGAUGUGGUGAAGAUGGUGGAAAGCAUUAGAAGGGUGAAGCCUGGAAACCCGAAGACAUGUAGAGAUAAGAAAGUUGUACAAGAGCUCCCCAUAGACAUCCCAUAGCGCUAACAAUGCUAAGAGAACUCCAUUCUUGACACCAAAGAGCAAACACAAUGAUGCCUCAAAAGCAUAAAGCAAAAGGGCAAAGUUUGAAACCAUGUUAGCAAGAUUAUGAAGAGCUUUGUUGAUAUUAAGAAAAGACUAGCAAUGCUACAAAGAUUAAAAAGAGAUGGUCUAUUGAUUGCAAGUUUAAAAGAGCAUUAAACAAUAAGGAACUGACAUAGAAUGAAGGAGACAUAAUUGG